AACUACAGCUGCCCGAAUCUCCUCGAAUUACGAGGCCUUUUGCAUGUAUAUAUAUAAACCCUCACUCACCACCCUCCACCAUCAUAUUCAGGAAUCCCUCAAAAGAAACACACACACUAUCCACCACAAGAAAGAUGAGUAGGCCAGGAGAUUGGAACUGCAGGUCAUGCCAACACCUGAAUUUCCAAAGAAGGGAAUCAUGUCAAAGAUGUGGGGAGAUGAAACAUGGGGGCGGGUUUGUUGGUAGGGCAAUUGGUAUCAACCCUUCUGCAUUCAGUUUCACCGGGCCUGAUGUCAGGCCCGGUGACUGGUACUGCAAUGUUGGCAACUGUGGGGCUCACAACUUUGCGAGCCGCUCCAGUUGCUUCAAGUGUGGAGCAUUUAAGGACGAGUUGGGCUCUAAUGGUGGUGGGUUUGAUGGUGAUAUGUCCCGUACGAGGGGCUUUGGGUUUGGCAGCGGCAGUGGUGGUGGCGGCAACCGUUCGGGUUGGAAGUCCGGUGACUGGAUAUGCACUAGGCCUGGCUGCAACGAGCACAACUUCGCGAGCCGAAUGGAAUGCUUUAGAUGCAACGCACCUAGGGAUUCCGGUAGCCAUUCUUCCUUUUAAAUCAAGUUGUCGCGUUUCAAGUUCCUGGUAUUAUGAGUUUUCUAUCUACAUAAGAGGAAGAGUGAGAGAUAUUGAUCAGACAGAAUCAAGAAGAAAGAGCAUCGGAUAUUCUAAAGUCCCCCCUUUUUGCCCAUAUCAUAUGCAAUCCUAUCUUUGAUUUUCUCUUUUUGUUUUUUGUUUUAUUUAAUUUUUAUUUCAAUAGUAAUGAUGAUCGAUCUACUAGGAAGUCGUAGGUGAAUUAUGGUUAUUUGAUUAGUACAACUCAUGUUUAAUUUUAUGGCUGAUUUUGUGAAGUUCUACUGAGAGAUGAUCAUGUUGUUUGGGGAUGAUAAUUCAGUCUAAUAUUAUGUGUUGUUGCUUUUGUU